AUGGCAAACAUCUCUAACCCUAGCGAUCCACCUCUCCCCUCCCUUCCCCUCGCGCAGCUGCCACCCACCUCCACAACACCUUCUUCCUGUCCCGAUUCCCGGACGGGCGUCGACAUGGCCAGCGUCAAGAUGUCCAUGAACCCCUUCUACGAGAUUGGCGUGGAGGAGGCGCUGCGGCUCUGCGAGGCCAGCACCGCCUCAGAGGUCGUUGCUUCCACCGUCGGCCCCGCGCAGGCUGCCAACAUGCUCCGCACCGCACUCGCCAUGGGCGCCGACUGCGCCGUCCACGUCCUCCAGGACCCCGAUCCCGCCCGCCCGCUACUCCCGCUCUCCGUCGCCAAGAUCCUCCGUGCCCUCGCGCUCCAGGAGAACCCCGACCUCCUCAUCCUCGUCAAGCAGGUGAAGUCGCCCAUCGAAGCGCCAAGGGAUUCGUCUCCGAGGACGUUCCUCUCCAUCCCGGAGUUCUCCACCAACCCGCUCUCCCAGAUGGCUGACUGA